AUGCUCCUCUCCAUUGUCCUCCUUGCUACCGCCGCGGUGGCUACACCUUACUCACCGGCGUACGACUAUGGCUUCGACGCGGCAAGAGUGGUCAAGCGCCAGACACAUGAUCCCAUCAUCAUCACCAAGCUGCCUUCUAUAAAUGGAACCAUUCCCAACCGUCCCGAAAUCAGAGAGAUGAAGCAGAACCCUUUUAAGUGGAAUCUCUUCCUCCUCGCAUCAAGCAUGUUCCAGUUCACGAAUCAAAGCGAAGAGCUGUCGUGGUACCAGAUCGCAGGUAUUCACGGUGUUCCUUUCAUACCAUGGAACGGCGUACCCGGUGUACCGGGAGGCGAGAACAGAGGCUAUUGCACCCACAUGUCCAUUCUCUUCCCAUCAUGGCACCGUGUAUAUCUCGCUUUAUAUGAGCAACUUCUCUUUCGACUUGUGCAGAUGAUCGCCUCGUGGUUCCCAGACCCCACGGAACGAGCUUACUACCAAGCCGCCGCAAUAGACUUUCGAAUUCCAUACUGGGAUUGGGCUACUACACCACCGCUAGGAGAGAGCGUCUACUUAUCCGAAUUCGAGCAGCCCGUUAUCCAAGUGUAUGGUCCCAACGGAUGGCAGUUCAUUGCCAACCCGUUGUACAGCUACAAGUUUCGGCCACUAGACCCAGAGGUCUUUUCUGAAGGCGAUUUUCCCCAUUGGACAGAGACAAUGAGAGCUCCUUUCGAGACAACAGACAACCAGAGCAUAGCGCACGCGAUCGAGCAUGCCAGACCCGCGCUGCAGCAACGACUUUACACUCUCCUUUCGAAUUACAAGGACUUUGGACCCUUCAGUAACAAAUAUUGGGGGACGGAGUCGAAUCAGACUCAAUACGACUCGGUGGAGUCUUUGCACGAUGCCAUGCACGUAUUGGUGGGCGACCGCGGCCAUCUGUAUUACAUUCAGUAUUCGGCAUUCGAUCCGGUGUUCUUCUUGCACCAUACUAUGGUGGAACGAAUUGUCGCCAUGUGGCAAGUUCUGUACCCUACCGCCUGGGUCACUCCCCAAGUCGCAAUGGAGCCUUCCUUCACUAUGCCGCCGGGUUUCGUUCAAGACUUGUUUACAGAACUCAAACCAUUCUAUGCGGACGCCAAUGGCACCUUUUGGAACUCGGCGAUGGCCAGGGACACUAUGGCCUUCGGAUAUUCGUAUGCGGAAACAAACCCAAGUCUGGGAUUCCACAAGUCCGAUAACCAAGCUCGCCUCAUUGCAACCAUCAAUAGACUCUACGGAUCAUCUAGCCCCUCCGAUCUGGCCUGGAAGCAACGAAGAGCCGCGUCUGAUCACGAAUGGGGGCCGCUAACCCAAGUCCGAAAAGGAACAAGUUCGAAAUACGUGCCGGACUUUUCACAAGAUCCUAAUUUCCAUACCAAAGUAGUGACGGACGAUGACAUGUAUACCGAAUGGAUCGCCAAUGUGCGUGUUCAGAAUGGGGCAUUAAAUGGCUCGUUUGCGAUCCAUUUCUUCCUUGGUGAAGUUCCCAAAGAAUCAGUUGCUUGGGCAGCUGCACCGAACCUCGUUGGAUCAAUGAGCGUAUUUGCGAUGAAGCAUACGGGUUCAGGCAACCAUGUAUCUGGGACGGUUCCUCUGACAUCGGCCCUAAUUCACAUGGUUUCGGCGCGAACCAUCUCUGGGCUUGAUCCCGAUGAGAUCGUACCAUACCUUGAGAAACAUCUCCAAAUUCGUGUGGUUGGAGAAGGCGCGGCCGAAGUUGAAGCGAGAACAAUCAACAGCCUACACGUUCAGAUCGCAAGCGCUCAUGUCCAAUCACCCAGGCACGAGUGGGAGCUUCCAAAAUGGGGGCCUGUGGUGGAGAGAUUUGUGCUGAGCCUCGGCUGA